AUGAGAAAUAUUAAUAUUGCUUGCCUAAUGUUGAACAGAUGGCUAGACCAAAGGAAAAGUUUCUACACAUAUGGAGAUAAAUGUACGGAAAAGGUAGAAUUAUGGGAAAAAACAAUUGAUCCAAUAUGGAAAAAUUACUGUAAUAUAAAUAAAUAUUGUAAAAGGCAAGAAAUGUACUCAAAAUAUUCUUAUAUUCCGGAAGCAUUGCUUCCUACUCCCUGUUACAAAUAUGUUCCUCAAAAUUAUAAGUGUACUUACCCUUACGAUCUAUUAAAAAAAUAUUUAAAGGCAAAGUGCCCAGAAAUUAAAGGGAAGUGUUCUGAAUGUAAAGAUUAUAGUACUGAAAAAUAUAGUACUGUUCCUGUAAAAUAUCUUUCUACUGACACUUGUAAAAAAUUCUUCACCACAACUACAAACAUUUUUACCCCUCUUGGACAUAAAUUGUCUAAUGGAAGUAGAGAGAUAAUAAACCUAGUGCAGCAGUUUAAGAAGAAGAAUAUGAAGAAUUUGAAAGAUUUAGAAAUAACAAUUCAUAUUAUAGAGAAGAAAGAAGCAAUUUACAUUAACAAUAUAUGCAAAAUUGAGUUUUUUAAUACAACUAUGAAUUAA